AACUAUUUGUUAAAACAAAAUAAUGGUUUUAUAUGUAUAUAUUUAGAAACUGUGAUAAUGUUGUGUAGACAGUGGCCGUUACAACUUUUAUAAUCCUUAUGCAAAUUAAGUAAAACCUGCCUUCAUCAGAUAACUAAAACAUCAGGUGCCUCCAUAUAAUAACAAAUACAUGCGUACAAAACAAAGAUAGGUGGGUAAGAACUAUGGCUAGUUGUCUGAUGACUGGGCGUAAGAUUUUUAAGAAAUUACCAUUUGAGGUCGUGGAUCCCAAAGAAGAUGAAAAACCUAAGGUGAACGUUUACGGCCCAAAUGGUUUUGUUUUCGUCGGUCCCAAAAGGUAUUUACAACCUGCUUGCUAUAAAGAAUAUGGACUAGAUGUUUACAAUUUUGAAGCUAGGCCAGAUGACGUCUACGUGGUUGGAUAUCCAAGAUCAGGUACCACGCUUCAUAGCGAAAUGGUCUGGCAAAUAGCAAAUGACCUGGAUUACGAGGAAGCCGCAAAAAGUUAUAUAUCGCAUAGGUUUCCACAUCUAGAUUUUAGUCUUUUCUCCCGUUUACCACAAAUGAAGGAAAUAUUAGAGAAGAAAGACGUGGACGAAGAAGCUUUGGAUAUUGCUCGAAAAUAUCUCGAACUAUCUGUGGAUGGCUUGUCGCAGAGAAAAGGCAGAAGAUUCCUUAAAUGCCAUCUACCGAUUAGUCUAAUGCCUCCGCAUAUUUUUGAAGUUGGCGCCAAAGUCAUCUACUGUGCUAGAAAUCCAAAAGACGUUCUGGUAUCGAUAAUACAUGUGAUUCGUUUCUUUCAAUCCGAUCGAGGGCCAAAACCUAAUAUUAAAAACUGGUUCGAUGACUUUAAAAACGAUUUAGGGAUGUACUGCCCAUUCUUCGAACAAGUCUUAGAAGCUUGGGAGAGACGAAACGACAAAAAUUUUCUAUUUUUAUUCUAUGAAGACACUGUCAGGGAUAAACGGCAGACAAUUCAGAAGAUAGCCGAAUUCCUUGGUAAAAAGUUGUCGGACGAUCAGAUAGACGGUUUGAAAGAUUACCUUAGCAUUGAGAAAUUCAAAAACAAUAAGUCUGUAAAUUGUACUCAAAUGGUCAAGUUGGGACUAGCUAAGGACACCAACCUCUUCAUCCGACGGGGAAGACCAGGAGGUUGGAAAGAACUGUUCGAUGAAGAAAUCGAAAGAGAAUUCAAUGAAUUGAUGGAUGAAAAAUUGAAAGGGACAAAUCUAAAAUUUCCAGAAGAAUAAUUAUAAAUUUUGUAAAUCUAACACUACAAAAAUAUGAAAUUUCUAAUAAUUUAUACUUAUAUGAAUGUUGAUAACACUCCCGAGAGAGAUAAUAUUAACAAAUAAAAGCUCUAAGAACUG